GUUAGAAACAACCAGAGCACAGAGAAAAGUAAAACAACCGGGAAAACCAGACACUCUCUAUCUUCUCAGUGAUCUCAUGAGGUGCGCAGGAUAAGAUAAGGUAUGCCACUCAUCCUCCAUCCCUGUAACUCUCUCUCUCUCCUCACCUCACCCCCACCGCUCUCCACCUCCACUGUCACCCACAACACCUCAAUAAACGGGUCUUUGAUCGGGUCGCUAAAACAGCCAGGUUCAAGAACCUCAGUUUCCGUUACUGUAUUUCCAAGAACCCUAUAUUUUCCUUGGAAUUCUUCAAUUUGGAGAAGAACCCAUGUCCUCUUUUGCUCAAAAGAUGAUGACUUUGAAAGAUGUACGAGUAACCAUUUGGAAGAACAGCUUGAAAAUGAGACAAUUCAAGAUGUUGAAGAGCUUGGGUUGCUGGGCAAACCAACUCCUAAACCAAAUACUAAUGGGUCUGUCACAGAAGUUGAGACAAAGCCACCGAAACCCGAUGAGGAAGAGGUGUUGAAACCCUUUUUGAAGUUCUUUAAGCCUAGAGAUGAUUCAGAAGAGAGAAAUGAGGAGAGUUGGAGAAAGGAAGGGACUAAUAAGAAGGUGCGUGUAGAGUAUUAUGACCCGAAACCAGGUGAUUUCGCUGUUGGAGUCGUGGUUUCAGGGAAUGAGAACAGGCUUGAUGUAAAUGUGGGUGCAGAUUUGUUGGGCACAAUGUUGACAAAGGAAGUGCUCCCUUUGUAUGAAAAGGAGAUGGGUUAUUUGCUGUGUGACAUGGAGAAGGACGCGGAGGAGUUUAUGGUUAGAGGGAAGAUGGGAAUUGUGAGGUAUGAUGAGGCGGUGAGCAGAGACCCGGUGCCAGGGAGGCCUGUUGUGGAGCCUGGGACUGUAUUAUUCACUGAGGUUCUUGGAAGAACGCUAAGUGGACGGCCGUUGCUGUCAACUAGACGAUUUUUCAGGCGGAUUGCUUGGCAUCGAGUGAGGCAGAUUAAGCAGCUAAAUGAACCCAUUGAGGUUACGAUUACAGAGUGGAACACUGGUGGCAUCCUUACUAGGAUAGAGGGUUUGCGAGCUUUUCUUCCUAAAACUGAGUUGAUGGGUCGAGUUAACAACUUCACUGAUUUGAAAGAGAACGUUGGACGCAGAUUAUAUGUGCAGAUUACUAGAAUAGAUGAAGCUAAUAAUGACUUAAUACUCAGUGAAAGGGCUGCUUGGGAAAUGUUACACCUCCGGGAGGGAACACUUCUGGAAGGAACAGUAAAGAAAAUUUUUCCUUAUGGUGCGCAAAUAAGGAUAGGUGAAACCAACAGAAGUGGGUUGCUGCAUAUCUCAAACAUCACUAGAGGCCAAAUUACUUCUGUCAGUGACUUGCUUACAGUUGAUGAGAGGAUCAAAGUCUUGGUAGUGAAAUCCAUGUCUCAAGACAGAAUAUCUUUCAGUAUUGCUGAUCUUGAAAGGGAGCCUGGUCUUUUUAUAUCAAACAAAGAGAAAGUAUUUUCCGAAGCUGAAGAGAUGGCAAGGAAGUAUAGGCGAAAACUACCAUCCGUUUCAGCAGUUCGUAAGUUAGAACCUGUCUCAACCGAUAACUUGCCUUUUAACAACGAAGGAUAUUUAUAUGCCAAUUGGGAAUGGUUCAAAUUUGAAUAACUAUGAACUGAGAUAACCUGCUUGUUUGUACUGUAAUUUGGUUGUUUUAUAUUCCCUUUGUCCCAUUUCUCUGUUUGAUGUGUAUUGUUAUGGAUCACUAUUCUUUUCACUUUUAUUCUGACCACAUUGGCCUCCGAGACUACCCAGAGAGGCUAACAUCAGACAUAUCAUGAGAAAGUAACUGCGUUCUUGAAUGGCUCGCCAAUACUGUUUCACUACCACACACACACA